AUGACAGAGGCGGCCGGCGAGAGAGGGCGGCUUACCUUUAAGGGUCGUCGGCGCUUGCAACAGGAAGUACAGACGGAGGCGUCCUUUGUGCCAUCUUGCAGCAGUCUCGAGUACGCGUAUGAUCCGCUGGCGAGCGAGCAGUACGAAAACCUGAUAGAGCUGCGACAGAUGAUCCAGUCGUGCCUGACCCUCGUCGCCGGCGACGUCUACGACGUGGUCAGCUUCAAGGAUAUCCUCUACCAGUUGGAGAGUGAGAUGCCAUCGGCACUGCCUGUAACAGACAUGCUUCUUCUCUCCUCUCGACUCUUCCGGCGCACCGCAGAGCUUGGUCGGCUGCUGAGCUGCUUCUUUGGCGUCAUAUUCGCUGAUGACCACAACGACGAGCACUUCCGCUUCGCUGAGGUGCGUCUGCUCCAGCACGAGAUCCGGGAGCUAAAGCAGCAGCUGAGCGCGUCGGAGGGGGAACGGAAACAGCUGAAGGAGAUGCUGGACAGUGUGGGUCAGGUGGCAUACGACCACGGCAUGGCGGUAGAGUUGCUAGAGACCCACAACAAGGUCCUCAAGAAGCAAAGCAUUGCCUUGGAAGACCAGAUGGCGGUGCUGUUUCAUCAACUCAACACGGGCCUGGAGGGGGACUGCAAAGCCUCGUAUCGGCAAAUGAUGGGGGAGAUGAAGCUGCAGGAAAGCCUCAACCCUGCACGCAUCACAUUCCGGCAAACUAUGGACAGCCUGAGCGAGCAGCUGCGCAACUCACGCCGCCUUAUCACGGAGGUUCGGGAAGUGUUACUGAGCUGCAGCCAGGGAAAGCGCACAGGCGAGGCGUACGCGACAGUCGAGCCAAGCGUACGAUUCAAGCUCAAGAUGCUCGAAUCGAGCUUUCAGCAGCUCAUGGGCCGCUUCACAGCGGUGAAGGACACGGUGGUCGAGACAGCACAGGAGCUGAUGAGUGCACUGCAGGAACGCAAGAAAAUUCUCUACCUCUCUUUUCAGCACAUUCGCCUGUAUGACCUGCAGAACGCGAAACUGCGCAACGCUCGUGCCAUUCUCUCGCAGCUGCAACACAACACGUCUGAGGUGAUGCGUCGCAUACACGUCACCUUCCCCAGUGGCAAUCUCACCUCUGUCGAUCGCUUUGGCAAAAUCUGCACGCAGCGCUGGCAUGGUGGAUACACGCUAGCGAAGCUGCGCGGAUACAAAUUGACGGAGCAGCAGCAGCAAGGUGAGGGCGAACUUGCUGAACCUGUACGAAGCAGCAGUGCUGGCCGUUCGCUGAGUGCGGGAGCAGCACGCAUGCUACCUGGCCUGUCGGAGUCCCAAAUUAUGGCAGCAGAGAGCGAGAUGGCGGCACUUGAGGUAGGCGUGCACAAUACCCAGUCGGCGGCGCUACCGCAGCCCUUUGGUACAGGAAACAAGCGGGUAUCCCACUCUGGCGUCAUCCUCACACCCGGUCGCACCUCAGCCCCGCCGAGCUACGCGGGCUCGAAAUUGGCGAGCACGGGGGAGUCAACUAACACAGUUGACACGCCUGCAGCGGAUGUCGCACCCACGAGCAUGCAGAGUGACGACCGCGAAGUGCUGCCGUUUGACUCCAUCUCAACCUUUCUCAAUUUAAUGCGCAAUGUCGACGUCGACAUGGAGGAGCUGCAGCGCGCCUUGGUGCUGGACAACGAGAUGCGUGCCUUCCUCAAACUGCUGACGCUUUCAGCGUCAACGACGCCACGCGCGGACGCGCUGGAGAUUGCUGGCGGCCUCACCGGGGACGCGGCCUUGCUGGAGCGGCGAGAGUACAAUAUGGAAAUGGCCUUGCAACCCACUGGUAGUCGCCCGGGCGGCGCCUCCGGCGCAACGAACAGUGUGUCUGUCGGCACAGGUCUUGAAAAUCUCACGGCACAGGAGAACAACUCACUCUCGUCCUCGUUUUCCAAACUGGGGAGCCGGAGCUCGUCGUUAGAGGGGCGUGGCGGCUCUCGUGGCGAGAAUGCCUCUUCCGAGGCUGUGUUGUCUCGCCAAUCUGUACAGCUUCAGCGCCAGCAGAGGCAAAUUACCAAGAUGCAGGAGGACUUCACCUCGAAGAUCGCCUUUCUACGGCAGGUGUACGAGGCCCGCAUCGGCGAUCUGGAGGUGCGAGAGACGACGCUGAGCAGGCGGCUGGGCCAAGCAGGGACCUCUCCCUUGCAGCGAAGUACCGGAGACGGCAGCAACGGUCAAUCGUCCUUGCUAGGCGGGCAGUUCGAGGAAGAGCGGCCCGUACCUAUGAGACAGGGUGACAAGGAAAAGCUGACGAAGCUGAGAAAGAUCUGGAAGCAGUCGAAGCGCAAGAUGCAACCAAAUCGAGGUCUGCGCGAGGCCACGGCUAAUGAGCUGUUGCACACGCAGGAGGAGGACAAAGUCUAA